UUUCACUCCUAUAAUACAUUGCAGGUGAGUCCCAGAGGAUCGGAGCAUAGCUGGUGGGUUGUCAAAGAGGAGAUUUCCGAUGACAACGCCAAGCUGCCCUGCUUCAACGGGCGAGUGGUGUCCUGGUUGGUCCUGGCAGAGAGCACCCACUCAGACGGAGGAUCCCAGUGCACUGAGAGUCACCCAGAGCUGCCCCCACCUCUGGAGAGAACAGGGGGCAUAGGCGACUCUCGGCCCCCCUCUUUUCAUGCCAAUGCAGUGAGUAGUCGGGACGGCCUGGACACAGAGACAGGCACAGAGUCUCUGCUGAGCCAUCGCAGAGAGAGAGAGAGGGAGCGCGCACGGAGAAGAGCCAGAGAGACUGAACUCCCGCGGAUCAACGGUCACUCGAAAUCGGAGCGCACAGCCAGAGAUUCAGCUAUGGGCUAUGACAGUACAUCAGUAAUGAGCAGUGAGCUUGAGUCCAGCUCCUUUGUGGACAGUGAGGAAGACGAGGAUGCAAGCAGGCUCAGUAGCUCUACAGAACAAAGCUCGUCGUCACAGUUGAUGCGUCGCCACAAACGUCGAAGGCGAAGGCAUAAAGUGGCCAAGAUCGACCGGUCCUCAUCGUUUAGCAGUAUCACCGACUCCACUAUGAGCCUCAACAUUAUCACUGUCACUCUUAAUAUGGAGAAGUACAAUUUCCUGGGCAUCAGUAUUGUGGGUCAGAGUAACGACAGAGGAGAUGGAGGGAUCUACAUCGGCUCCAUCAUGAAGGGAGGUGCUGUGGCAGCGGACGGCAGGAUAGAGCCUGGAGACAUGCUCCUGCAGGUGAAUGAUGUGAAUUUUGAGAACAUGAGCAACGAUGAUGCUGUUAGAAUCCUAAGAGAAAUCGUUUCUAAAACUGGUCCUAUUAGUCUUACUGUUGCCAAAUGUUGGGACCCAUCUCCAAGGAGUUACUUUACAAUACCACGUGCCGAGCCUGUGAGGCCCAUCGACCCUGCAGCCUGGAUUUCCCAUACGACAGCUUUGACAGGACCAUUCCCACACUACGAAUUCGAUGACCUGCCUCUGUCUGUAAGUAAAACAGACAUGGCAACAAUUGUCAAGGUGAUGCAGUUGCCCGACUCUGGUCUGGAAAUCCGCGACAGGAUGUGGUUGAAGAUCACCAUCUCCAAUGCUGUAAUCGGUGCGGAUGUAGUGGACUGGCUUUACUCCAGAGUCGAUGGAUUCAAGGAUCGUCGUGAUGCGAGGAAAUAUGCCAGCAGUCUGCUCAAACACGGCUACCUGAGGCACACAGUCAACAAGAUCACCUUUUCAGAGCAGUGCUACUACACUUUUGGUGACCUCUGCCAAAACAUGGCGUCCCUCAAUCUGAACGAGGGAUCCAGCGGAGGAGGCUCGGAGCAGGACACCUUAGCACCCCUCCCUCCCACCGCUAACCCCUGGCCCCUGGGCGGACAACCCUUCCCUUACCCCCCCUUCCCUUCGGCGCCCCCUAGCUUCCCUCCUGGAUACUCAGACCCUUGCCAUAGCUUCCACAGCGGCAGUGCAGGCAGUCAACACAGUGAGGGAAGCCGUAGCAGUGGUUCCAACCCGAGUGCAGGCAAAGGCCGACGCUCCUCUCCUCAGGAGAAGUGCAGUGAAUCUGAGACCCCUGCGGCCCACAGAGGGGGGCGUCCCGACCGCUCUGCCAGUCAGCUGAGCCAGCACAGCCAUGUUCGCUCCAACAGCCAAUCACAUCGCAGCCAUCCGUCCUUCACACACAGCCACGGCCCCUUCACCAAGCCCGGGCCGGGCUCCUGUGCUCACAGUGACAGGAGUCACGCCUCCUCUUAUGGCCCCCCGGGCUUACCCCCUCCAUACUGCCUGGCACGCCUCGCUCCCAAACCCACCGCGGGUAGUGGCACCCCCCCUGGUGCCCCUCCGGGCCGAGAGCUCGCCUCUGUUCCCCCUGAACUCACCGCCAGCCGACAGUCCUUUCAGCAUGCCAUGGGAAACCCAUGUGAGUUCUUUGUGGACAUCAUGUGACUGGAUCAUGUGACAGGAAGGUGCCUUUAAACACAGAGCACAAAGCAACAGACUGCAUCUCUCUCAAAGCAAAGGAUUAUGGGCCGCCAGACCAGCCCUCCUCACUCCUGGUCUGAGCCGGCCUAAGUCCUGUGUACAGUUGUGGAGCUGAGUGGUGUCCCGUGUGGUCCUUUACAGAUGCAGUGUUUUAGUGGAGUGUAUUCAGCUCAUGUUUCUAUUCAGUCCUUUAAGCUCCAAAUCAGCGGCACUUACUGUAACACAAGCUCUCCUACGGCUCAGAGCUGGCCCUGUUUGACUGAUGGGUUUAGCAUGUUGUGCUAAAGACAAACUGUGUUUUUACUUUGAGGUGAGUUCAAUGUGCCAACGGCUCAUACCAAGUCCACAGUCUGUGGAUCUGUGGGCCCUGACACAGGCUUCAGGGCCAUAGCUGCUGUUGGCUGCUUAUUGCAUGACUGUCUCUACUGCUUUAAUGACAAGAAACAAUUGAUUUUGCUGAAAGUAUUAUUUGAGGAAGUUGUUCCUGUUGCCAAUAUUGGAAGGAUCCAUACACUGGAUGAUUUUGUAAUAUUAUUUAUGUAACAUGUUUCAUUAAUGUGUCAAACUUUGUCUGACAGACACAGACAAUCAUGAUUGAGGUGCAGUGUCCUCUCUGUCCUCCUGUGAUGUGUUGAAUGUAACAUUGCUCCAUUGUCCACACAGGUGGAAAUACCUUUGUACAGAUUGCAAACAGUUAACACUAGUUUAACAGUAGCUGGGCAGAACACACUGCACUCUGUGAGGCGUGAAAAGUGCCACUUAAGCCUAAUGCCUCAGGGUGUGGGGCAUUUAUCUAUUAUAAUGAAGGCACUGGCUAGGGAUUUUCAUUUUUCAUUGUAAACUAAAGGAAAUUCCUAGUCUGACAUCAAAAACUCCUUUGCCAAACACUGGCAAAUCCCACCUAUAAAAUGUCAAUAUAAUAAUGCUGAAAAAACUUUCCCAUUUGUCUGUCCCCUUUCUUUAGUACAAACACUGUUUGCAAUCAAACCUGUUUUGUUUCUUAACAAAAGAAAAGAAAUUGUACAUAGAAAUUUAUUAUAUAUAAAAAAUAAAAUAUAUAUGUUCAAAUACAA